GUGCACGCGCGUCAGUCUCGAGCGGGCGCGCGCGCCGGUUGAACAUGGCGGACGUUGACGCAGACGGGGAUCGUGGCGCUCCCGCGUGCCCGGUAACGUCCCGGCGGGGGCUCGCGCCGACGGCGGGACCGCGCGUGGUGCGGAUUAUUAAGUCGGAGUCGGGUUACGGUUUUAACGUCCGCGGGCAGGUGAGCGAAGGCGGCCAGCUGCGCAGCAUUAACGGCGAGCUGUACGCGCCUCUGCAGCACGUCAGCGCCGUGUUACCCGGGGGGGCGGCGGAGCGGGCCGGCGUCUCUAAAGGAGACAGGAUCCUGGAGGUGAAUGGUGUGAGCGUAGAGGGCGCUACACAUAAACAAGUGGUGGAUCUGAUCCGAACCGGAGAGAGGGAGUUGGUUCUCAUGGUCCUGUCAGUGCCGCCACAGGAAGCAGACGCUCUUGACUCCGGCGAGGACGGCGCGGCUCCUCCUCAUUACGACUACGCCGACAAGCAGGCCGUGCCCAUCUCCAUCCCCACCUACAAGCAAGUGGAGCAGCACGGAGAAAGAUUUGUUGUCUAUAACGUCUAUAUAUCUGGCAGACAGUUGUGCUCCAAGCGCUACCGGGAAUUUGCCAUCCUGCACCAGAACCUGAAGAGAGAGUUCGCCUCCUACACGUUUCCCAAACUUCCGGGGAAGUGGCCCUUCUCUCUGUCUGACCAACAGCUGGACGCCCGCAGGAGAGGUUUGGAGGAGUACUUGGAGAAAGUGUGCUCGGUAAAAGUGAUUGGAGAGAGUGACGUUAUGCAGGACUUCCUCUCGGAGUCUGACGAGAACUAUAAUGGUGUAACCGAUGUGGAGUUGCGAAUAUCACUGCCGGAUAAGACCACCGUUUCGGUCCGAGUGCGCAAAAACAGCACCACUGAGCAGGUGUACCAGGCUUUAGUGAUGAAGGUUGGCAUGGACAACAUCACAGCCAGUUACUUUGCCCUCUUCGAAGUGAUCAACCACACAUUUGUCCGUAAGUUGUCCCCUAACGAGUUCCCCCACAAGCUGUAUGUGCAGAACUACACCUCGGCAGUGCCAGGGACCUGUCUGGCCCUGCGCAAGUGGCUCUUCAGCAUAGAGGAGCAAGAGCUUCUCCGUGAAAAUCCUCUCGCUCUGCAUUACUGCUUCCACCAGGCUCAGGAUGACGUGAAGAAGGGAUUCAUCAAAGCAGAGGAUAAGUCCUACCAGCUUCAGAAGCUAGCGGAACAGAGAAAGAUGGCCGCGUAUCUGAACCUGCUUCGCACAUGUGAGGGCUAUAACGAAGUAGCGUUCCCCCACUGCUCAUGUGAUUCACGGAGGAGAGGUCAUGUGAUCGCCGCUGUCAGCAUUCACAGCUUCAAACUUCACGCUUGCACUGAGGAUGGAACGUUAGAGAACCAGGUUAUAGCUUUCGAAUGGUCCGAGAUGCAGCGGUGGGACACGGACGAGGAGGGAAUGGCUUUCUGCUUUGAAUAUGUACGAGGAGAGAAAAAGCCUCGCUGGGUCAAAAUCUUCACCCCUUAUUUCACCUACAUGCAUGAGAGCUUUGAGAGGAUUUUCUACGAGCUCAACUGGAGGAAAGAGAUGGCCAAGGUGGAAGUGGAUGCGUCGGAUAAAGACAACAAGAACUGCAAUGAGUACCUCGCUCCCAUGGAACAGCAGAAUGCAUGGCACCACCUAGGGAAAGAAAUCGUCACCUCUUAGGAAAACACCAAACGCCUAAACUGACCCGGACCUCCAUCCUAGAAGAAAAACAAUACAACAACCACGUUACCAGGGCAACAGCCCGCGCUCUUCUGAGCUGCAGAGGGCUCUGUAGUCCUGCCUCCAUCUCCUUGGCAACUGAGAAUUAUUUCCAGGGUAACAUAUUUAUAGCUAAAUAAGGGUUGUUUUGCCACAAAAUGCAUUGUUGCUCAUGACAUCAGUAGCUCACAUCUCCUUAUAGACUUAGGACACCAUCUUUACAUCUUUGCAGAAUAGUUGUCCCAAGGCCACUGGAUUCGGAUUUGUGGUUCGAACUUUGAUCGAUCGAAAGCAGUUUUAACUAAAAAAAAAAAAAAAAAAUCUGUGAGCUUCUUCUAAUAUGGAACUUGUGUAGAUUAUAAGGCGUUAAUGCAUUCUAUCACUAAGUUGCACUAACCACAAAAGCUUAACGCUUGACGCGUCGCUUGUCGGACGAUGUACGCUUCUCCUCAUGAAGUUACGCAGAGCUACAAAUACGGUUGGAUGUCUGAUAAACAAAACGCAUAUUCGGUGCACGUGUCGAGGUGGCGAUGAAAGCUUGUCCAGGUUGUGUGCUGUAGGUAUGGUGAAAGCAGAGGCAUUUUGAUCGAGGUGCAGCUCUCUCAGCGUCCUGUAGGGGGCAGCAGUAGUACACGAAUGAAAGUCCUGUCUCAGGUGAGUUGUGUAAGAAUGAACAAUUUUAAUUCGUAUUUAACAGAUUUUUAUUGCUCGAAGAGAUAUACUGUAUAUUGUGCGUGCGUGUGUGUGUGUGUGUGUGUGUGUGUCAGGAGCAGACGAGCGAGAGUCUGGGUUUUAUACGUAUUGACUGGUUAAAGAGGGAUCGUCCAGAGUCUUUAGAGUAAUGGCUCCCUGAAGGUUCAGUAAUUCACUAUGAGGAGAGAAACGCAAGCAGUCAAUUAACCGAGCGAAAUGGAGAGCGAGAUUAUUAUUAUUAUUAUUAUUAUUAUUAUUAUUAUAGAUAAAUUCUGUACACAUACAAGUGCACAGAAAACUAAAGGCAAUCUGGAAUCUGAUGGAAAUGCCACGUACUUUAUCUCAGGUUAAUUCAGUAUUUAGAUUAAAAGUGCUUUUUAUAACGAUGAAUAUUUCUCUCCUUCCCGGUGGAUGUCUGUGGAUGUGCGUGGAUGGGAGAUACGUAUAAGUGGGUCAGAGUGUACCGUGUGCGAAAUGCCGAUGCUAAGGCCAUAACACCUGCUGUACCUUCACGUCUUCGGCAGCGUAACGGAAAUAACAGGCGUAUUCUUGCGUAUUAAUGCUGGUUAUUUCCUGGUGUGUCUCGUGCAUUCGUUGUUAUUAUUAACCAGCGCUUCACGUCUUGUGUGUUUCCAUCCAAAAAUAAUCCGAACGUAUGAGAAUGUAUUUGCGUGUGGUUUCCUUUCUCAGUUUUGCAUCUAAAAUGUGACGUACACCAGAACCGCAGCGAAGUGAUGACGAGAUCAACCUAAAAGUAUAGUUAUAAUUUUUAGGUCUUUUGUUUUUCUCUGUUUUUAUUCCUCUCUCUCUCUCAGUUGCAUGACGUUUUGUCAGAGUGAUGAGCCGGUCUGAACACGCAUCCGUCUUUCGCCUGUGUUUUUUUUUGUUUGUUUGUUUGUUUGUUUUAUUUUUUUAUGAUUACUAUAAUAAUAUAAGUACAGUAUAUAUAGAUAUGUUCAUGUAUACCUUUUGACAAAAGCAUUCACCGUGUCACCUUUGUCUAAAAUGUGAUUAAUUUAUUGUUUUCCUGUCCAAUCGUGACGUUAAUUAAGCCUCAUUUGUGAUAGACGUUACAGUAAUUAGGGCCCGAGUGGGAAUUUCUACGUGGAAAUGGUGAAACAGUGAUGCUUCAUUUCAUACAGCUUCAUAAAAAAAAGAAUAAUGAUAAUAAUAAUUAACAAUCACCCAUUGGUAAAUGAUUAGUUUUAUAUCUAAAGUGUAUGAUUUUACUAACCAAUAAAUAAAACAUUAUUAAAGCUUGAUUUGAAAAGAAAAAAAAAAUAAUAAUAAUGUCAUGUACAAUAAACAUUAA